AUGCUGAUAAGACACGCGUGUGGAAACGAGAGGGAAGAGCGUCAGCUGUUCAAUGUUUUGAUUGUGUGCAAUCGCACAGGUUUCCAGAAGAGGCUUCAAACGGUUCUUUCGGACUGUGCUGCCGAUGCCGCGAUCAGUUCCGUUCGUGAAAUGGAAAAGCCCCCAUUGCUCCAGCAGAGCUCUACACACGAUUCAUUUGGUAAAAUUCGUUGGGCGCGUGCUGACGAGAGACGGGAGAGUUAUAAUCUGUGGAGAAGCACAAGCAGCAGCAGCAGUAGACAGAAGCAAUUGAGAAUUUUCAUUAUCGGCAAUUGCCGCGCGGUGGCUACUGACGUUCGUACUACCCCCCUCCACUUCGAUUGCUUUAUAAGCUAUGGAAAAUACCCAAAACUACGAGCGACAACCGUUAAUUGCUAUGAGAAACAUUAAAAAACGAUUAAGUGUGCCCAAACACAAGCAAUAGAAAGAGACAGAGAGAGAGUCCCCAG